ACAUACAAUCAAGGAAGGUAAAUUGCAUAACAUGUCUUAGUAACUUGUAAUCACACGUUCGGUUGAUAUUUCUGACAUGGCUGCAGUUACAAGUACAAACUGUACUGUGUGUGAGUCACAGUCCAUUAUAAAAACAGCUGUAAAGUGGUGUUUCGAGUGUGAUGAAGCAUUUUGUCCCGACUGCCUUAAAUACCAUAGCAACGUUAAGUCAACAAAAAGUCAUGCUGUUAUUGAAGUAAGUGAUUUAAAAGAGUUGCCUGAAUUCGUACUGAAAAUAAAGCAGCAUUGCGAAGAUCAUGGGGCGCUAUUCCAGAACUAUUGCUUAAGUCAUGAGCGACCAUGUUGUAGGAUAUGCAUUAACUCGACUCAUAAAUCCUGUACAGAUAUGCCACCUCUAGAAGAUGUUACCAAAGAUUUUCGUAAUUCAAUAGCAUUUGAAGACAUUAAAGAGCGUAUGUUAAAUCUAAAAAAGUAUUAUGAGCGUCUUCGUGUGGAAAAACAGUCAAAUACCAAAGAUAUAGAGACUCAGUCUAAAACCAUUAUUGAGCAUGUGAAGUCCACCCGACUCAAAUUAAAUCAGCAUUUAGACCGUUUAGAAAGAGAAGUUCGGAAGAAUGUAUCAGAUCUGGAAACAAAUGCAUUGCAAGAUUUGGAGAGAAUUUCCGGAGAUUUGAAAGAGAAGGAGGACAGAUUAGAUGAUUUAAACAAAAGCAUCAUAAAAAUGCAAAAUCAUGCUUCAGAACUUCAGAUAUUUCUCGGAACGAAGGAACUCGAAUUUGAAAUAAGUACAAGGGAAAAAGAAAUUGACGGCUUGACAAAAGAUAAUUCGCUUAACGUAAGAAACGUUGUUUUUAAAGAAAAUAUAAAACUUUCCGCUUUUACUACUGAUAUUUCUUCAUUCGGUGAUACUGUAAUGGAGAUGAAACCAUCAAUCAACAGUUACACGAUGGGUAACGAAAAACAGGCACAAAUCUCAAUUGAAGGAAGAAAGUUUGAUGAUAUCAGACUAACAUUGAUGAAUAAAUUUGACUUCGGGGUAAAUAUGUAUGGAUGUGCAAUUUUGAAAAAUGAUAUUGUAUGUUAUACUGCUUAUAACACAAAAACCGUGUGUGUGAAAAAUACCAAUGGAGUUUUGUUACACUCGAUUGUUCUCCCUGAACACCCAUAUGACAUCGUGUUUGUAAACGACCAAGCAUUAGCUGUAACAGUUGGGUGUCAAAUCGUACUCGUCAACUUAGAAAACAGAUCAGUUGUGAAAACGUUUGAGGCUUCGAGUGGAUGUAAUGGAAUAUCCAUUUCCGUUAACAAUUUGAUUGCAAUUCAUCAAAAGAAGGAUUGCUCUCAAUUAAUCUCGAUAAUGACAUUUUAACUAAGCUUGGUAUUGGAAGUAAAACAAGUGAUUCAUAUGUUGCAAUGCAUGAUGGAAAAGUGUACUGCACUAAUACUGUACGUCCUUCCAUUCAAUGCUACAAUGUUGAUAAAACACUUGCUUGGGAAUUCAUGAACCAAUCAUUGCAGGGACCUCGCGGUAUAGUUGUUGAUAAAACUGGAGUCGUUUAUGUUGGGAAUGAGGGCGGUGGAAACAUAGUUAUGAUCUCCCCUGAUGGAGGCAAACACAAAACAAUAAAGAUUGAUAACAUUCCAAAUCCUAGGACACUUAGCUUCAAUAAGGCAACGACACGUCUGCUUAUUUGCAGUGUGAAAGGUCAAGCCGGUAUUUUUGACGUUACGUGAUUGGUUUGUUGAGAAAUAUCUAUAUCAGUACCGUUCAGAUGGAACUUUAUUAUGUACAAAUGUGAUUUUCAAAACUAUAAACUACUAGUAUUGAAAUGUUAUGCCUCAUCACAAAAUAAUUGUGUGUGUGUCUUUUUUAAACAAUUAAAAUAAAAUGUAUAUCAUCGA